AACGAAGUAUUUAUUUCCUAUUAACGCCAUCUAGAGGUAUUGUGAAGCCAUAAUAUAAUAGCGUUCCGUCCGGAACUAACAAUUUCAUUUUGUUUCCCACGGACUUUUUUAUUUUACUGGACCUCUUUCUUGACAGCAAGUUGCAUUAAACCAUGAUAGGAGUGGAGGCUGGACUCUACAUCGGAUCUGUGUCCGAUGUGAAGGAUGCUCAGAGCCUGACAGACGCGGGUGUAACGCACAUACUCACCGUUGACUCAGAGGAACCUUAUGUGACUGGAUUCCACACAAAAUUUGUCCGAGCUCUGGAUGAUGCGUCCACAGAUCUCCUGAGCAGGCUGGAUGACUGUGUCAGCUUUAUAUGUGAGGCUUUCAGCACACAAUCUGAGUCCAAAUCACCAGCAGUUCUUGUGCAUUGCCAUGUAGGGCAAAGUAGAAGUGCUGCUGUUGUGACUGCUUACCUGAUGAAAACAAAACACCUGAAUUUGCAGGAUGCAUAUUCCAAACUCCAAAAUUUAAAACCAGAUGUUAAAAUGAAUGAAGAGUUUCUGGACCAGCUGGCACUUUAUGAAUUAAUGGACUGUAAAGUAGACACCACAAAUCCUUUAUACAAACAGUUUAGAUUGAAGAAAAUUACUGAGAAAUAUCCAGAGCUCCAGAAUGUGCCGAAAGAUGUCUUUGCUGUUGACCCUGCUCAAACCCAGAAUGCAGAAGCUGUAUACAGAUGUAGAAAGUGCAGACGCACACUUUUCCGUCACUCCAGCAUUCUCAGUCACUGUGUGGGAGGAGGAGCCUCUGCGUUCUCUCAUAAGAAGACGAGGACAGUGAGCCCUGCAGCUGAAGAUCAGAAACAGUGCACAUCCUACUUUAUAGAGCCGGUGCAAUGGAUGGAGCAGGCCUUACUAGGUGUUAUGGAUGGACAGCUUUUGUGUCCCAAGUGCAGCUCAAAGCUGGGCUCGUUUAACUGGUACGGUGAACAGUGUUCGUGUGGGCGCUGGGUGACACCGGCCUUCCAGAUGCACAAGAACAGAGUGGAUGAAAUCAAACACAUCAGUAUAUCUGCACUCAAAUGACCCACAAAUAAAGAUCUGUAUUGUAUGCUCAGAAA